GCUACGGAGAGGGACACCAACAUAUUUAAGCGCAGCUUCAUGUCAAUCAUCGGUCACUUCGUGCAUGUUGGCGCAUGAUUCCAUCAACUCUGAACUUUCUCUCGCAGUAUUAAAAAGUUGCCGCCGCACACCCUAACAAGUACCUAGGUACGUGAUAUUAUCAUCUGCAACGACCGCCAAGAUACAUUCUUGUAAACGCACACGGGAUGCAUCGAAUUAUCUCCGCCUUCGUGGCCUAUGCCGCAUAUGUCUCUUGCACACCCCUCGGAAAGACCACCCCGGAUCCAGCUGGCUGUUCAGAGACCUCAUUCAAGGACUUCAAAUGGACAAUACAAGACUUCGACUACCACGCUUCCUAUAUCUUCACUACUCCUUCCCAUCAGAAUUCCUGGGGCUAUGCGAAUUUCCAACUCUCGAACCCAGCAGUGCCGGAUUUCGUGGCUUCAUGCAACGCAGCAAGCAGCCAGCUUUCAGACUUUUUCUACGGGACCUUGCAAUACAACUGCACAUACGAUGGACAGGUUGGCGAGCCAGGGCCAGCACCGGCAAAAUUCACAUUCAGCCGGCCGUCCAAUGAGCUGGUCAUCGACCAAAAGUGGGUUUGCCGCGACCAAGACCCCAAGUACCCUAUUACUUUCACAGCCCAUGGACAAGUCAAUUUGACACUGGAGUGCACUGACACUACCUGGCAAAACACAAACUGGACCCUGGGCCAGUUCUAUUCAACGAGGAACGUGAAUUGUGCACCGGUGACGGUUGAUCUGAAGCCAUCUCAGAUUUCGGCGGUUGCGUAGGCCGGUGUCAGAAAACAAUACCGGGUGGAUGACUUCGUAGCACCACUGAAGGAACAGUUCAAGUUUUGAGAGAGUGCAGGAUUAGGACGGGGAAACUAACGCAGGUGGUAAUGAACAAGCUAAUUAGGCCAUCACAAUUAAUGUUUAAACCCUCAGCUCAUACGAGUGAAGCUUUCGAGUACAAGUGAAUUUAAUUGCUAUAUUUCGAGGCCAUUAAAGAA